GCUGUCUGGUCAGAAGCGGUGCGAUCAUGGCGGAGCGCGGUCAGCAGCCUCCUGCUAAACGGCUCUGCUGCAGACCAGGCUUCGCGUCAGCUUGCAGGCCGGGCCAGCGUGCGGGCGGAGUCUCAUGUGGGGCCAGCGGCUCUGCCCAUGGCCUGUCCGGCAAGACACAAAACCCGGAGUCCCUGCUGGACAUUGCGGCCCGGAAGGUUGCUGAGAAAUGGCCUUUUCAACGGGUUGAGGAACGUUUUGAGAGAAUCCCGGAGCCCGUGCAACGGCGCAUCGUUUACUGGUCUUUCCCUCGGAGCGAAAGGGAGAUCUGCAUGUACUCAUCAUUUAAUACGGGCGGGGAAGAGGUGACCGGGGCCGCCUCCGGGGGGGUUUCCGCUGCUGGAGCCGUCGGGUCUGCUGGUGGAACGGCGGCAGGGGCGGCCUCAGUUGCGAACACAGUCGCUGCAGGAGCAGCUGGGGAGAGCACGGAUGAGAACAGGCUACCUUUCCGGCGGGGCAUCGCUCUCCUGGAGAGCGGCUGCGUGGACAAUGUCCUGCAAGUGGGUUUUCACUUGAGUGGCACAGUGACGGAGCCUGCAAUGCAGUCAGAGCCAGAAACUGUUUGCAACGUAGCUAUUAGUUUUGAUCGUUGCAAAAUUACCUCAGUGACCUGCAGCUGUGGAAACAAGGACAUCUUUUAUUGCGCCCAUGUUGUGGCACUUUCCUUAUACCGCAUCCGGAAACCUGAUCAGGUUAAACUGCAUCUUCCUAUUUCAGAAACACUCUUUCAAAUGAACAGAGACCAGCUGCAGAAAUUUGUACAGUAUUUGAUCACCGUUCACCACACAGAAGUCUUGCCGACUGCUCAGAAAUUGGCGGAUGAAAUUUUGUCUCAGAACUCUGAAAUCAACCAAGUUCAUGGUGCUCCAGACCCAACAGCAGGGGCCAGUAUAGAUGAUGAAAACUGUUGGCAUCUGGAUGAAGAGCAGGUCCAGGAACAAGUCAAGCUAUUCCUAUCCCAGGGAGGCUACCAUGGAUCAGGGAAGCAGCUUAAUUUGCUUUUUGCCAAGGUUCGAGAAAUGUUGAAGAUGAGGGAUUCCAAUGGUGCACGCAUGUUGACGUUAAUAACUGAGCAGUUCAUGGCUGAUCCACGACUUUCACUUUGGAGGCAGCAAGGAACAGCAAUGACUGACAAGUAUAGGCAGCUCUGGGAUGAACUAGGUGCUCUGUGGAUGUGUAUAGUCUUAAAUCCUCAUUGCAAAGCAGAGCAGAAGGCAAGUUGGCUGAAGCAGUUAAAGAAAUGGAACGGCGUUGAUGUUUGUCCAUGGGAAGAUGGAAAUCAUGGAAACGAGCUGCCCAAUUUAACCAAUGCUUUGCCUCAGGGUGGGAAUGCUAGUCAGGAUUCAACACACAGGCCUCAUCGAACAGUGUUCACUCGAGCCAUAGAGGCAUGUGAUCUCCACUGGCAAGAUAGCCACUUGCAGCACAUUAUUAGCAGUGACCUUUAUACCAACUACUGUUACCAUGACGACACUGAAAACUCACUCUUUGACUCUCGAGGGUGGCCCCUCUGGCAUGAGCAUGUUCCAACAGCUUGUGCUAGGGUUGAUGCACUAAGGUCACAUGGUUACCCAAGAGAAGCUCUCAGACUAGCAAUUGCCAUUGUCAAUACACUAAGGCGACAGCAGCAAAAACGAAUGGAUAUUUUUCGGAUUCAGAAGAAAGAGCUCCUUCUCAAAGGAAUAACCUCAAUAACUAAUCUUGAAGGCUGGGUUGGUCAUCCCUUGGAUCCCAUAGGUACUUUAUUUAGUAGCCUGAUGGAGGCCUGUAGAGUGGAUGACGAAAGCUUCCAUGGUUUCUCAGAAUUUGCAGAUGGGUUUGGGCAUUGCAAAACUCUGGAAUACCAACACUUGUCUCCCCACAAAUUUUUAGAGGAGGGGGAAUCUUAUUUAACGAUGGCUGUUGAAGUGGCACUGAUAGGUCUGGGACAGCAGCGAAUAAUGCCAGAUGGCUUGUACGCACAAGAAAAAGUUUGUCGAAAUGAGGAGCAGCUUAUUUCUAAAUUGCAAGAAAUUGAAUUAGAUGAUACACUCGUAAAAAUCUUUCGAAAGCAAGCAGUCUUCCUGUUAGAAGCUGGGCCAUAUAGUGGUUUGGGUGAAAUCAUCCAUAGAGAGAGUAUUCCAAUGCACACAUUUGCCAAGUAUCUGUUCACCUCCCUCCUACCUCAUGAUGCUGAAUUAGCAUACAAAAUUGCACUGAGAGCAAUGAGGUUGCUAGUGUUGGAAUCCACUGCUCCAACUGGAGACAUGUCCCGCCCACACCACAUUGCCUCAGUAGUUCCUAACCGUUAUCCCCGUUGGUUCACCCUGAGCCAUAUUGAGUCUCAACAGUGUGAAUUAGCAUCAACAAUGCUAACUGCAGCCAAAGGAGAUGUUAGAAGACUCGAAACAGUGUUAGAAUCAAUCCAGAAAAAUAUUCACUCCUCAUCGCACAUAUUUAAGCUUGCCCAAGAUGCUUUUAAAAUAGCAACUUUAAUGGACAGCUUACCAGACAUAACACUUCUAAAAGUAUCGCUGGAACUUGGUCUGCAGGUAAUGCGAAUGACGUUAUCAACCUUAAACUGGCGUCGUCGUGAAAUGGUCAGGUGGUUGGUAACAUGUGCAACUGAAGUAGGAGUAUAUGCACUGGACAGCAUCAUGCAGAGUUGGUUUACGCUCUUCACUCCAACAGAGGCCACUAGUAUUGUUGCUACAACAGUAAUGUCUAAUAGCACCAUUGUCCGCUUGCAUUUGGACUGCCAUCAGCAAGAAAAGCUGGCCGGCAGUGCUAGGACGCUUGCACUCCAGUGCGCUAUGAAGGACCCCCAAAACUGUGCCCUUUCAGCACUUACUUUAUGUGAAAAGGAUCACAUAGCUUUUGAGACUGCUUACCAAAUUGUCCUGGAUGCUGCUACGACUGGCAUGAGCUAUACCCAACUUUUUACAAUAGCACGGUACAUGGAGCACCGUGGUUACCCCAUGAGGGCCUACAAACUUGCUACAUUGGCCAUGACUCAUCUUAACCUGAGUUAUAACCAGGAUACGCACCCUGCCAUUAAUGACGUCUUGUGGGCAUGUGCCCUAAGCCACUCCCUUGGGAAAAAUGAACUAGCAGCAAUUAUACCUCUUGUGGUCACAAGUGUCAAAUGUGCUACAGUACUUUCAGACAUUUUGCGCAGAUGCACUUUGACCACUCCUGGGAUGGUGGGACUUCAUGGACGGAGGAACUCUGGCAAACUUAUGUCACUGGACAAGUCCCCUUUAAGACAGCUCUUGGAUGCCACAAUUGGGGCUUAUAUAAACACAACACAUUCACGGCUCACACACAUAAGUCCUCGUCACUACAGCGAAUUUAUAGAGUUUCUUAGUAAGGCUCGAGAGACCUUCCUAAUGGCUCAUGAUGGACAUAUUCAGUUUACACAGUUUAUUGACAACCUAAAACAAAUCUACAAAGGCAAAAAGAAACUGAUGAUGUUGGUUCGUGAACGGUUUGGUUGACGAAAAUGUGUGAAUGGGGGGGGGAGAUGGGACAGUUUGUUUUUACUUGAGCCUGCCUUUGUAUCCUUUUUAACUUAAGAAGAAAAAUGUCAAAACAAUACAAAAAAAGAGCCACACCGGUAUUAUAUGUAUAGUUCUAUUGAGUUUUAAAACUAAAUUGUCAUGUUGUGAAAGUUUGUGUAUUUCUAUUUUCUUUUUGGUUUCCAGUUAUCUGUGUGUAUGAGAGAGGUUCAAGGUUUGGUUUACACUGAGUAUAUGUUGUCAAGUGGCAAAAGUCCACAUAGCUCUACUUUUCCUUCUGUAUUCGUUCACAGCCUCAAAGAAAAUGCAAUGGCUUUAAAAUUUAAAAAAACAAAAAAUAAAAAAAAACACAAAAAACCAAACAACAAAAAAACACCUCCAUCCUGUGACAAGUACCUCGAAUGGAUCCAGCUUUACUCCUCUUGUAACUCAUCCUUACAUUUCAAUAUAUUUACCAUAAGACCCUGAAAAAUGACAAUACUAAUGGUAAAAAUAAGGCUGAUUACGUGGCUUUGCAAUGCUGUUCACCCCGAAGCAUGGCACACAGCGCUUGUGCAUGUGGAAACUUAGCGACUGUCAACAUACAUUCUCAGGGAUUUAUCAAGAAAUAAAGAAUGAGAGCAUUUAUUGUACUGUAUAUAUAUUAUAGUAUAUGUCUGAAUAUUGAAAACAAAGUAUAACAUUAACUAAUUUAUAAAAAAAAAUAUUCUAUGUAAUGCAAAAUACUUGAAGCUGCAGUAGCUUGGUUUUAAACAAAAAUUAACAAACACAAAAGGAAAACAUAUCGAAGUGCGCCUUGCUUCAGUGUUGGCUCAGGUGGUAUACAUAUGUGCUGGGCAUCUAUGCAUAUCCACCUUGUUUGACUGCAUGGCUAGGCUGAUAUCUGUUGCAAAGUGACAUUUUUGUUGGCCUUGAUUUUAAACAUUCGUGCGAAUAGUUAGAAGAUAUGCGCACACCUGGCAUGAUUGUUAAAACGGAAAUUGUAAUACGGAGCCAGAGCAGCAAGCCUUAGCAUUAAGAAUAUGUCACAAUAGGGGGUUGGGCCUCCUAGCAUAUAAAUCUUCCAAGACACGCUUAAUAACAACAAAAAAGGUAUCCAAAACAAUUGACUUUUAUACAUUGCACCUUGGCAGUGAUCAAACAAUAAGCUAACCCUUGUGCACAAAUAACAUAUGUCUCUGCAUGGUUCUGGCUAUGCAGGGUAGACAGAAAUGUAGGUAUGACUGUUCAACUUUUUCAGUUUUUUCGUAUUUUAUUUUUGUUUGUUUUUUCUUUAGAUUUAUUGAAGCAAAACAGCCUUUGAUCUUGCCUUGUCUUAAUGCUUUAAAAUAACCAAACUGGAGAUCUAACUACCAAACAGUUCAUUAUAUAAUUAAAUACCAACCUAUUGGUUACAAUAUUGUGUCUUUAAUUUUAGCUGAAUGGUUCUGUAUCUUUGUGCUUUUUAAAAGCGUUUUUUUUAUGUUUUGGUGCAAAAGUUGUCUAGUGUCUCUUGUUCCCUUCAUUAGAGAAAAGAACAUGCUAAUAGGUAUGUUUGUAAGUAUUUUUGUUUAGAAAAUAAACUUUCAUGCUCUUCAUUUUAUUUAUUAUACUAGGUAAAAAGGUUGUACUUCAUCACCCAUGUAAACAUGCUCAUGAAGUUGAAAGUAAUUAAGAUUUGAUACACUGAUAUCGAUUUAUUUAUGUAACUAAAUCACUGUUUUAUAAACUUGUUAAUGAUCAACAAUUUUUUGUUUUGAUUAAAAUUAGUUUUUUGAAAGUUGA